AUGACUCCCAAUCUUCAGCCUAUUGCAGUGCAGGGAGAAAUUGGACUAUUUUACACAUGGGACGAUUGUGCCAAGCGUGUUCUAGGUGUCAGCGGAAACAGGUUCAAGAGGUACAGGAGCUUUGAGGAAGCACUUGGGAAAUACAGACAGAAAUAUGAACUAGGUGCAGUGCACACUGCAGCUGUGCCUGGUAGUUGUUUCUGCCACGACCACGAACUCACCACAGAAGAAAGAAAAGCAAUUUUUGCUACAAAAGAAUGGCUUUUGAAUCCCAAAGUCUGUGCAAUCCAAAAUGCAAAGGCAAGGGAACAUUCAGCACGAUAUUGUGACAAAAGAAAAUGCAAUGAUAAAGCUAAGGUCACCCUAAUUCACAAGCCAGACAAUCCCAAGAUUCAUCAACAGAUACCUGCCUUGACACAUACUUGCUACUGUUGUUUCUCCGCAACUGCAUUGGAUGCAUUUGGCCCCAUGCACUCAACCUGUAUGCGGAUUUCUAGUCUGGAUAAGAGGUCAGGCCAAACCAACAACACAACACUCAGAAACUAUACAUACUUCAUCAAUCUGACUACACAUGAUCUCAGCAGGUGA